CCAGCACAUUCGUUAGUAUGGGCAGAUCCUCCAUUACUCUGUACCAAGUCCACUCCACCCAACCCAAAAUAUGAAGAUAAAGCAGUUGCUGCUUAUAGAGGAAACUGUUCUUUCUAUGAGAAGGGAAUGAAUGCAGGAAAAGCAGUGGAGGUCAUUGUAAUUAAUAAUCAAAACACUCUUUUUGUUCCGGCUGGAAAUGAGUCUGCAGGAGAGUAUGACAAUCUACAUAUACCAAUAGUAGUAAUGAAGAGAGAUGACGGCACACUCAUAAAGAACCUUGGUAAAGGUGUCAAAGUACAGCUCUACCAACCACCUGGCCAGGCUAUCGAUGGUAAUAUAGCAGUACUCUGGAUACUGGCUGUUGGUACAGUGGUUAUGGGAGCGUAUUGGACUGGCAUUGCUAAUAAAGCUAUUGUAUCAAGACAUCUGCGAAGACAAAAUGCAUGCGAAGAUGGUGUUGAAGGUGGUGAUGUCAACGAUGAUGAAUCUGGGUCCAUCCAAGUAACACCAUUAAUGGUCCUAGUGUUCGUACUCCUGAUAUGUGGUCUUCUGCUCCUGCUAUUCUAUUUCUACAAGUACUUAGUCGUGGUGAUAAUAGUAUUGUUUGUCCUGGCAUCAUGUAAUGGACUGUUUGAGUGUUUAACUCCCAUCGUCCUACGCCUUCCAUUAGGAAGCUGCAAAGUGCCGCCAAAUAAACUACCAAUAUUCAAACAUGAACCCCAAGUCAGGCUUAUUGUUCUUGCCUUGUUUUGUAUGGCGAUAGCAAUAUGGUGGGGGAUAGAAAGAAAUGCAAGUUAUGCAUGGAUCUUACAAGAUAUCCUUGGCAUUGCGUUCUGUAUCAGUCUGAUCAAGAAUAUUCGUCUACCUAAUCUAAAAGUGUGUGUUAUUCUGUUGGUUCUUCUGCUAAUCUACGACAUCUUCUUUGUGUUCAUUACUCCACUGUUCUCCGCCAGCGGCAAGAGUGUCAUGGUAGAGGUUGCAACAGGCGGGGAUCAUAAAGAACAGCUGCCGAUGGUGCUCAAAAUACCAAGAUUGACCAAGUCUGUGUUAUCUGUCUGCGUACGACCAUAUUCAUUAUUGGGGUUUGGGGAUAUACUUGUACCAGGUUUAUAUGUUGGAUUUUGUCAUUCAUUUGAUAUCAUGCAGAAAACUCCUUAUAAGAUAUACUUUGUUGCCACAUCAAUAGCAUAUGGUGUUGGUCUAAUACUAACCUUCGUCGCCCUGUUCCUCAUGAAGCAAGGACAACCUGCCCUGUUGUAUUUAGUACCAUGUGUCCUCACCACUGGAAUAGUCAUUGGCUGGGUGCGAGGGGAGUUACGCAAGUUAUGGACUGGCAAAAUGAUCUCAAGAAUCCCUGAGGAGUCGACCUUUCCUGUCACAUCGGAUAGUGAAGAUGACAUUCUUGACAGAACACAGGAGCGUCAUGUUGAUUCCUCGCCUGAAUCCCCUACGUCAGAGACACAAAGACUCAUAGGAAAAUAAAGGGUGAUUAACAUGUAGGGGAAAAGAGGACUAAUAAGGGGUAGUGGGUAGGGGAAUUGACAAUAUUAUCCAUCAUGCAAAGAAAUCUUUUUGAAGAUUUUCCAAAUUUGCACAAUUUAGUAAGUUCAGUAGGCUUCAGUAAACCAUAGAUCUACAAAUUUUUUCAAAAAUUUGUACAAUUUCGUUAGAUGACUUUUUUAUGGAUGUAGAGUAUGCUAGUGGCGGAUCCAGGGGGGUUGAAGGGGUCCAUGGAACCCCCUUGAAGGUUUGAUAUUUUCGGUAAUAGAAAUAUGUCAUAUAAAUUUUAAUUWAAAAAAUAUUAGUAGUUUUGUGUUGGGUCGUGUUAUUAUAGCUUGGUCCGUUACUAGAUAGUAAAUUAGGUGAUUAGAGCCAAUUUUUUUGUCAAACAUUGACUAAACAAAAGUGAAUUAUGCACAGUUUAAGAAACGGAACCCCCCUUUGAAAAAUCCUGGAUCCGCCACUGUAUGCCCUCUAUGGAAAAUACAUUCGAAAACUUUGAAGUUAGUUAAGGAAUACUUUGACGUUUCCUUGAGUUCUAUUCGAAUUAUGACUUUAAAAAAAUAAUAUAUAAUAUUUUCUUCAAGGGUUAUAGAAACCGUCGAACUCUCCUGUCCAAACGCUUUUCAAAAUAUAAUGUAGGUUGUGUUAAUUUUUUGAAUUGUCUUGAAUUUCGGUUAACUCAUGGCCAUUCAAGAGAGCUCCAAAUGGUCACAUUGAACCAAAAUUCAAGAUGUGAUCGAAUGUUGUUUUGGCGGUACUAACAUUUCCAAGAUAAAUCCAACUAUGCCUUAUUCUUUGUGUUUAACAUCAAAUUUAUUAGUUUCAAUUUCAUUAAAAAAAAUCAAAAUAAGAAAUUUGACAUCAAAUGCAGAAAACAAGGCAUGGAUUUUUCGUAUACACCUAUUUCAGAAACCGUUGUCGGACCAAAAGCCUCAAGCAACAAGCCAAGACCGCAGAGAACGCCGGUACUUUUAGCUGUAAUUAGUUUAUUUAUGGUGCAUUUUCA